ACUCUCACUUUGGGUCCUGCCUGAAAGGCUGUAAUACGCACUUUGUUGGCUGAGUCCACGAUCGAUCGCUGCCGCCGCCACCAUGUCCUGUCCCAUGCCGCAACGCCGGGCCGUCACCACGGUGCUGGGCGCCAUGGAGUUUGGGGGUCGCAUGGACCAAGCCGCGAGCGCUGAGUCGAUGCGCGCCUUCCUGGAUCUGGGCCACAAUGAGAUCGACACGGCCUUCUACUACACGGAUGGCCAGUCGGAGACCAUCCUGGGGGGCCUGGGGCUCGGGCUGGGCCGCAGCGAUUGCAAAGUCAAAAUUGCCACCAAGGCACAUCCCCUGGAUGGAAGGACCCUGAAGCCAGAGAGUGUGCGGACCCAGUUGGAGACGUCACUGAAGCGUCUGCAGUGUCCACGAGUGGACAUUUUCUACCUGCACAUACCUGACCGCAGCACCCCCAUAGAAGAGACGCUGCGUGCCUGCAAUGAGCUGCACCAGGAGGGCAAGUUUGUGGAGCUGGGCAUCUCCAACUACACUGCCUGGGAGGUGGCUGAGAUCUGCACCCUGUGCAAGAAGAAUGGCUGGAUCCAGCCCACUGUGUACCAGGGUGUGUAUAACGCCAUCACCCGGAUGGGAGAGAAGGAGCUGUUCCCCUGUCUCAGGCACUUUGGAUUGAGGUUCUACGCCUACAGCCCUUUGGCCGGGGGGAUGCUGACUGGCAAAUACAAAUAUGAGGACAAAGAUGAAAAAAAACCUGAGGGCCGCUUCUUUGGGAAUAAAUGGUCUGAAUUCAACAGGAACAUUUACUGGAAGGAGGAACACUUCAAGGGCAUCGCCCUGGUGCAGAAGGCCCUGCGGGCUGCGUACGGCUCCAGUGCACCCAGCAUGACCUCGGCUGCCAUCCGCUGGAUGUACCACCACUCCCAGCUGAAGGGCGCUCAUGGGGAUGCGGUCAUCCUGGGCAUGUCCAGCCUGCAGCAGCUGGAGACGAACCUGGCAGCCGUGAAGGAGGGGCCACUGAAGUCAGAAGUUGUGGAGGCCUUUGAGCAAGCCUGGAACCUGGCUGUCCCCAAAGCUGCCAACUACUAUUUCUAGGCCCUGGGUGGCUCAGGCUGCCCUGGCCUGUGUAUCACCCCCUUUGUUCUCUCUCCUAACCCUGCUACCUUCUGCUGACCGGAUGUGGUCUCUGUAGGUUGUCUAGUCCCACGGUUUCUGGGCCAUGCUAGGAGCCUGAACCUGAAAAUCUAACCUGGUCACUCUAGUGAGGAGCGCUGACCAGCAGCUUCCUGCCAGUGUGACUCACUGCAGGCAGUGGCAAUGGCUCCAGUACUUAGGUUCCUGCCACUUAAAGGGGAGACCUGGAUUGAAUUCCAGCUAAUUUCUGACUCAUAUCGUCUCACUUUCUUGGGCAUUUGUGGAAUAACUCAUAGAGGGGAUCUUUCUCUGCUUGCUCCUACUCACUCCAACCUCUACAAUC